AUGGAACUCAAAAACCCACAAUUCGACCAACGCCAUUCCAAUGAGGGUUUCCUACCAGAUACAGAGGAACAUGCAGCGUCCGAACAAGGAGCGACGACAACGGGGUCUAUCGAUUCCAAAACUGUCGACUGGGAUGGCCCGGACGAUCCUGAGAAUCCAGUCAAUUUCAGCAGCCUCAUCAAAUUCACCAAUGUUGGAAUUGUCAGCGCGUUGACUUUCGUAUCUCCCCUAGCAUCUUCCAUGUUUGCUCCUGGUGUACCCCAGCUUAUGGAAGAAUUUCAUAGCUCGAGCACUAUUUUAGCCGGGCUCGUGGUUUCUAUCUAUGUUUUGGGAUUUGCUGUUGGGCCUCUCAUUCUGGCUCCAACCUCAGAGCUCUUGGGACGAGUUAUAAUUUACCACAUUUGUAAUAUUGGUUUCACGAUUAUGACCGUUGCAUGUGCUGUUAGCAGUAACCUGAAUAUGCUCAUCGGCUUUCGGUUUCUCCAAGGCUGUUUUGGCUCGGCGCCCGUUACAAAUGGAGGAGGCACCAUUGCAGAUCUCAUUGUUCAAGAAAAGCGCGGAGGGGUCAUCGCUAUAUAUGCACUCGGUCCUUUGCUAGGCCCCGUCAUCGGGCCAGUAGCAGGAGGUUACCUUACAGCAGCCAAGGGCUGGCGUUGGACCUUCUUGGUGCUCGCCAUAUUUGGAGGAUUUACUACUAUUCUUUCGUUCUUAUUUCUACGCGAAACAUAUCCAACAGUUCUCCUGAAGCGUAAAACUCAAUGUCUUAUAAAGAUGACCGGCCAAAUAGAUCUGCGUUCAAUGCGAGACAGCGGUCUUUCCACUCGCCAGCUCUUCGUCCAAGCCCUCAUUCGCCCGUGUAAGAUACUCCUUCUGUCGCCUAUUGUCUUUGUGAGCUCGAUUUAUGUGGGUAUCGUAUACGGAUAUCAAUAUCUCAUGUUUACCACCUUCACUGAAAUCUUUGAAGACCAAUAUGGAUUUCCAACCAAAUCUUCGGGCUUAAGCUACCUCGGAAUGGGUGUGGGGGUACUUCUAGGUCUUUUCGUCAUUGGUGCUGUCUCUGAUCAAAUGAUCAAGAAGAAAUCCGCUCAAUCGGGUAGCAUGAAGCCAGAAUAUCGCCUGCCACCUCUUGUCGUUGGUGCUUUCUUCAUCCCGGCGGGCUUGUUCUUGUACGGUUGGUCGGCAUAUUAUAAGACGCACUGGAUGAUACCGAUCAUUGGGACUGGACUCGUGGGAGUAGGCAAUAUUGCCGCAUAUAUGUGCAUUACUAGCUAUCUAGUAGAUGCAUUCACGAUAUACGCCGCGAGUGCUUUAGCUGCAAACACAGUAAUGCGCAGCAUUAUUGGUGCACUGCUGCCCUUGGCGGGACAGAGUAUGUACCGGGCGAUGGGACUUGGUUGGGGUAACAGUCUAUUGGGGUUUAUUGCUGUAGCUUGCAUUCCAGUGCCAUUUGCGAUGAUAUGGUAUGGAGAGAGGAUGCGGAUGGCAUUUGACGUGAGCAGACUAUAG